AUGGUUUAUCAGAAGACACAACCAAAAUCCAGUGAGGAAGGGCAGCCGUCAAAGGAGGCAGACUACUGCAGGGACCUGAGCCACAUCGCCGCCUUGUUCCUCCUUUAUCUGCUUGAGGAGGACGUAUUCUGGGCACUGGCCCAGAUGCUGGCUGGUGAGAGGCACUCCCUGCAGGGAUUCCACAGCCCAGAUAGCGCAAGGGUCCAGGGCCUCCAACACCACCAGGAGCAUGUGGCACCCACACCAUACCCCAAGACCACGAGGCACGCAAUCUCUCUCGGGCUCACCCUGAGCCUUUGGGACGUGUAUUUGCUAGAAGGGAAACAGGUGUCGACGCCAAUGGCAUGCACUGCCUUUAAGGUUCAGAGGAGUAAGUCCAUGUGUGCCCAGUGGGGUCUGGGGAGCACAGGGGUCAGACCCUGA